AAGGGAUGAUUUAACGCGAAUCCGUACCCGCAACCUUCCAUAGAGAGGAAACAGAUAGAGAGCAUGACACUUCUCUUACUCAGAUCUAACGAUGGCUAUCCUAUUUAAUCCGAUCAUUAACUAAUUACCACUAUCCCUUUGUCAAUUAAACAAUGGAGACAGAGCUUAAAAACAUGAAUCCCGACCUAUCCAAAGCUGAACCGGAACCGGAACCAGUUCGAGACGAAGGGACUAGCAAGGAUGACCGCCCACUCCUGAAGUCGGACUCCGACCAAUUGCAGAGGCAGAGCAUCGAAGAGCUGGAGAAGAAAUUCGCUGCUUAUGUACGUAAGGACAUCUACGGUCCUAUGGGACGUGGCGAGCUGCCGUUGGCCGAGAAUGUGUUGUUAGGCAUAGCGUUGGUGACUGUUGUGCCGAUAAGAAUCGUGCUAGCGAUAACAGUAUUGGUAUUAUAUUACGCGAUUUGUAAGAUUUGCACACUGUUUUCUGCGCCUAAUCGUGAUGAGGAGGAGGAGCAGGAGGAUUUCGCGCAUGUGGAAGGGUGGAGAAGGGCGGUUAUAGUGUGGUGUGGGAGAUUAUUGUCUAGAGCUAUGCUUUUCGUGUUUGGAUUUUAUUGGAUUAAAGAGACUUACAGGAUUCUUGAGGAGGAGAAGAAGGAGGGAAAAGAUGCAGAAUCAGAAGAAGAGUUCGAAAGACCUGGGGCAAUAAUUUCUAAUCAUGUCUCCUAUUUAGAUAUUUUGUAUCACAUGUCUUCUUCUUUUCCAAGUUUUGUUGCCAAGAGAUCAGUGGCUAAACUUCCUCUUGUUGGUCUCAUCAGCAAGUGCCUUGGUUGUGUUUAUGUUCAGCGCGAGUCAAAGUCAUCUGACUUCAAGGGUGUUGCAGGUGUUGUUGUUGAAAGAGUUCGAGAAGCUUAUGAGAAUAGGUCUGCUCCUAUCAUGAUGCUUUUUCCUGAAGGCACAACUACAAACGGAGACUUUCUUCUUCCAUUCAAGACGGGUGCAUUCUUAGCAGGAGCUCCUGUUCUUCCAGUGAUUCUGAGAUAUCCCUAUCAGAGAUUCAGUCCUGCCUGGGAUUCAAUAUCUGGGGCACGUCAUGUGAUUUUUCUCCUCUGUCAAUUUGUAAAUUGUAUUGAAGUGACGCGACUACCUAUUUACUACCCAUCACAAGAAGAGAAGGAUGAUCCAAAACUAUAUGCUUCUAAUGUCCGACAGUUGAUGGCUCGUGAGGGUAAUUUAAUCAUGUCAGACAUUGGACUAGCUGAGAAGCGAGUAUAUCAUGCUGCUCUCAAUGGUAUGUUUUGACAAUGCUAAUUCGGAUACGCCGUCUGUCUGUAUAUUUCAUUAUGAUUUUAUUAUAAACAGAAAAGGCUAACAAUAUAGAGAAUCAUGUGCAGAAUCAGCAUAUCUGAUUGUCAUUGCUUAAACUGUAUUUACCUGGAUAUGUAGUAUCGCUGUGGUCAUUGUAGAGCUUUACUGGCGUUUUUUGAAGCAGGCCAUUUCUUUUGAUUUCACAUUGUCAUUUAUAGUAGGGAUUCAGGAAAUAUUUCAUUAGGAGGCACUGCUUAAAUGAAAUUUCAUAUAGAGAUUAACAUUAGUAGUUUCUGAUCUGUAUUACAUUAAUUCAGUUUCUUUACAAGAAAUCAGCCGCUGAGAUUCGAUUCUUUCA